UCUCGCGCGUCGCUCGUAUCGUGACCGUUGAUGUGAUUGUGAACUCUUUAGUCAUGUAAAGAAGAUGGAGGGGUGUGUGUGCAUACAGAUAUGCUUGGAUGUCGCUCCUGCCAGGUACAGCAUUAUCAAAUUCCCUGGCGAACAGGACCAGGUGGCCGUUGUGCCAUCAUCAUGGAUCGUUGAGGGCUCCUGCUUGUGGCCUCCAGAAAAGGAGAAGAAAGUUGGACUAUACGUUCGGAAGAACAAAUCACCAGGAGCAGACUGGAAGUCUGUCGAUUGUGAAGAGAUGGAAACGUACGAAACAUAUGACGAAGCAAGGCAGGUGCUGCCUCUUGCCACCGCACAUCAGAUCUCAAUGGUGAGGUGGAGUACGGACGUAGAAAACGGCGCGGACAAAGAGGAUGCUGUCUGAUGAUGAAGAUGACAGUUCUUCCCCUGUGACACCUCCCACUCAAUCACAACCGAGGCGUGAUGACAACAGCCAGCAGCCGUCCUACUUCCACCCAGCAGUGAGUCAGUGCUCUUCCUCACCCACAAGUCUUGAUGACAACAGCCAGCAGCCAUCCCGCUUCCACCAAGGAUUGAGUCAGCGCUCCUCAUCCACAACUCCUGAUGACAACAGCCAGCAGCCAUCCCGCUUCCACCCGGCAUUGAGUCAGCACUCCUCCUCAUCCACAACUCUUGAUGACAACAGCCAGCAGCCAUCCCGCUUCCACCAAGGGUUGAGUCAGCGCUCCUCCUCUUCCACACGUUAUGCAAAAGACCCAAAGGCCCAAAGGAACUCAUUUGGACUGUCACCAUCUUUUGAAAGACAGGCCCAUACAACUGUUGAUGGUGGAGAGAUACAUGAGGCGACUGGGAGGCACAAACAAUGGGGAUAAAGCUCGGCGGAUCCUGUACAAGCUACUCACAGAUACUGUUGCUCAACAGUUCAACUGGAUGGGCACAGGGGGCAAGAACACAUUCAGUUCUCUCGGGUGCACCAAGGUCAUAUGCGGUGCUUUUCGCCAGACUUCUAGUGGCACAGAUGCAGACACUGAAAAGGCAAUUCAAACUUGGCUCCGUCACGCACGGGAGCGGGCGGACAAGAAAGAGAAGACGAACACUGACUACAAAGUGCAAUGGAUGACAAUGCAGAGCACGGUUUGCUGGAUUAUUCUAGUCAUAUGUAUAGUGUAUUUAUUAAUGACGCCAUGUUUCGGCACACAACCUUGAAGCUGCGGGUUGGAGAACGUCAGGGAAAAGGCAUUUGAUGGGACGAGACUGAGCAUGCUUCUUCACGCUCCAUUAUGUGUUACCACGGGCUGCAUUAAAAGUUGCAGUUUUUAAAGCA